GGGACCACCGGUAAAAGCCGGUUGCAGAGACUGGUUAAUAAUUGACCGCGGUUGAAAUUAUUGCACGCUGUUUUGACCACUCUGGUUAAGUCUUCCCCUCCGACACUCGUUUCUGUUGCUGCAACCAUUUCUCAGCUGAGAGAGAAAAUAAAAAUAAAAAUAGAGAUAGAGAGAGAAAGAGAGAGACAUAGAGUGGUCGAGGUUUGAGAAUUUCGUUUUCGGAUCCGAGGUUGCGUUGCUUGAGUUGAUUCUGGACCUUUGAGAAUCAGUGAAGGAAACGAAGGUUUUUGCGAUGUCAAAGAUACCGAGGUAAUUUACAUACAGAGAGAGAGAGAUCUGCGACGAACAGAAGAGGAAAAAAAUGGCAUCAUCAGAGGUAUCGAUUAAGGGGAAUUCCGUGAACGGAAAAGGAGAAAGCUAUUCUUGUGUUUAUAACAACAACAACAACAACAACAACGAUGCGGCAGAGGGUCAAGAUGCUUCUGCAUCUUCAGCUGCGAGAGACGCGGAAGUUGCACUUUACAGGGAGCUAUGGCAUGCGUGUGCGGGUCCCCUUGUGACGGUGCCAAGAGAAGGAGAGCUCGUGUUCUAUUUUCCUCAGGGGCAUAUUGAGCAGGUGGAGGCAUCGACGAAUCAGUUAGCGGAGCAGCAUAUGCCCGUAUACAAUCUCCCACCUAAGAUCCUUUGUCGGGUCAUCAACGUGAUGCUGAAGGCGGAGCCUGAUACCGAUGAGGUGUUUGCUCAAGUGACUUUACUUCCAGAGCCAAAUCAAGAUGAGAAUGCUGUGGGAAAAGUGCCUCCGCUGGCUCCUCCCCCACGAUUUAAUGUUCAUUCUUUUUGCAAAACACUGACUGCGUCAGAUACUAGUACCCAUGGUGGGUUUUCAGUGUUGAGACGACAUGCGGAUGAAUGCCUUCCUCCACUGGACAUGUCAAAGCAGCCACCUACCCAGGAAUUGGCGGCCAAGGAUCUGCAUGGUACUGAGUGGCGAUUCCGGCAUAUAUUUCGCGGUCAACCACGUAGACACUUGCUGCAAAGCGGUUGGAGCAUUUUUGUCAGCUCCAAGAGGCUUGUUGCUGGGGAUGCAUUUAUAUUUAUAAGAGGUGAGAAUGGGGAACUUCGAGUUGGUGUCAGGCGUGCAAUGAGACAGCAGGGUAAUGUUCCAUCAUCGGUUAUCUCAAGCCACAGCAUGCAUCUUGGUGUCCUUGCAACUGCUUGGCAUGCCAUCAUGACCGGGACCAUGUUCACUGUUUAUUAUAAGCCCAGGACCAGUCCAGCUGAAUUUAUCGUUCCUUAUGAUCAAUACAUGGAGUCUCUAAAAACUAAUUAUACCAUAGGGAUGCGAUUCAAAAUGAGGUUCGAAGGUGAAGAGGCCCCUGAGCAAAGGUUUACUGGUACCAUUAUCGGAAUGGAAGAUGCUGACUCCAAAAGGUGGCCAAAAUCCAAUUGGAGAAGUCUCAAGGUUAGAUGGGAUGAAACAUCUAACAUACCUCGACCCGAGAGAGUUUCCCCUUGGAAAAUAGAGCCAGCUCUUGCUCCCCCUGCUCUAAAUCCUCUUCCAAUGCCCAGGCCUAAAAGGCCUCGGGCUAAUGCAGUCCCAUCAUCCCCAGAUUCUUCUGUUCUUACUCGAGAAGUAUCAUCUAAAGUAAGCAUAGACCCUUUGCCAACAAGUGGGUUUCCAAGGGUCUUGCAAGGUCAAGAAUUAUCGACCUUGAGAGGAAAUUUUGCAGAAGGCAACGAGUCUGAUACUGGAGAGAAAUCUGUUGUGUGGCCACCUGCAACAGAUGAUGAAAAGAUAGAUGUUUCUAUUUCAAGAAGGUAUGGAUCAGAGAGCUGGAUGUCAAUGGGGAGGCAUGAGCCUACAUAUUCUGAUCUCCUCUCAGGCUUUGGGGGCCAUGGAGAUCAUUCUUCCCAUCCAUCCUUUGUUGAUCAAAGUGGUCCUGUAGCUAACCCUGGUAGGAAACAUUUGUUGGAUCGUGAUGGAAAACUUAAUGUACUAGGUAGUCCGUGGCCUGUAAUGCCACCUAGCCUACCACUCAAUCUUUUGGACUCCAAUAUAAAAGGUUCUGCACAAGGCAGUGAUACAACCUAUCAAGUUCGAGGGAAUUUGAGGUAUAGUGCAUUUGGUGAAUACCCUGUGCUUCAUGGACAUAAAGUUGGGCAACCACUUGGAAACUUGUUGAUGCCACCACCGCCCCCAACCCAAUAUGAGAGUCCUCAUUCAAGGGAACUGUUGCCCAAACCAAUAUCAGCAAAAACUUGUGAGGUUGCAAAACCAAAAGAUGGUGACUGUAAGAUAUUCGGCAUCUCACUUCUUAGUUGCCCCAUUGCACCAGAGAUAUCACACAGAAAUGUUGCAAGUGAACCAGUUGGUCACAUGCAUCGUACAUCACACCAACAUCGAACAUUUGAAAAUGAUCAGAAGUCUGAACAUUCAAGGGGCUCAAAACCGGUAGAUGGUCUAGUUGCAGUUGAUGACCAUGAGAAGCUGUUACAAACCACUCCACCACAUCUGAAAGAUGUUCAACUCAAACCUCAUAGUGGUUCUGCUAGAAGUUGCACUAAAGUGCACAAGAAGGGGAUUGCGCUUGGUAGGUCAGUGGACCUUACGAAGUUCAGUGACUAUGAUGAAUUAAUUGCUGAAUUGGAUCAGCUGUUUGGCUUUGGAGGUGAAUUAAUUUCUCCACAAAAAGAAUGGCUUAUUGUCUACACUGACAAUGAGGGUGACAUGAUGCUUGUUGGUGAUGAUCCGUGGCAGGAGUUUUGUGCCAUGGUCCGCAAAAUUUAUAUCUACCCUAAAGAGGAGAUUCAGAAAAUGAGCCCGGGUACCUUAAGUUCAAAAAACGAAGAGAAUCAAUCAGCUAGUGAAGGUGUAGAUGCACAAGAGAUUAAAUGCCAGCUGCAUCAUUCAGCUUCAGACUCCUGAUAAUUCGUAGAUUUGAUCUUCAUAGCUACCAGAUUCCGGACUGUAGUGGAAAGGAGUAGGGACCUAUCAUAAAGCCAUCCAUCCAGUUGGAGAUUAUGACCUGAAGAAGAAAAUUCUAAUUCUGAAUCUGACUGCUUAUCAAGGAACUGUUUGUUUGGAAUCAGUAUAUGGAUGGCAUGAAUGAGUAUCCAUCAAAUUUUGGACAGCGUUGUAGAAUCAGUAGUACAAGUAUAUAUAUCUUCCCAGUUAUACAUUCUUAGUAUAGUACACUCAUAGAAUAGUAUGUAUGCCUUGAGCGAAGUGAUAAGGGUUGAUAUUUUGGCCUUCUGCAUUUUUCGACAAUCUUACCGUGUAAAUAGUUACUAUCCCAUCCGCAGAACCCUGAUGCACAGGCGUGAAAAUAAAGGAAAAAUUUAGUUAUUUUAUCUUGCAAAAUGCAAAGUGAUAUUCACAGUAGUUUCCAAGAGUUCUCCGUACUAAAGCACAAAUUAGCACUAAUAUCAGAUAAAUUGCUCGUGAACUUAGUUACAUUAAUGGGUUGGAGUUCUAAAGCCCUUUGAAUUCCAACUUAAUAAUAUAAUAAUAAUUAAGUUCAUGAACAAGACCAAUUUAUCUAGUUUUAAAUUGUUUUUUUUUUUUUUUUUAGUGCUAAUACUCAUGGAAUUUACUUGAGAUAUGUAUAUGCAUUUUGCAAGAUGUAAUAAUUCUGCCUUUAAUUUCCCGAUUGUGCAAUUAGGGUUCGGCUAUUGAAGUGGUUACGGUCGUAUCAUGUGGACGCAGGGUUUCCGCGUGGGCGGCGUAGAAUAGAUGAAGUCAUAUCACGAGAAGUUAGUGGACACUUGGGUCUGAAAGAUUUGAAAUUUCUCAGUGAAUUGCAUUCGUGGUUAAUGGCACUAGUAGAGUAGUAGUUGUGUUGUGGUCCUUCCCUCCGUGUGAUAUUUGUAGCGGGGUUACGUGCUAAAGC